AUGGCUCCUACAUUCUUAUUCACCUUUACUUCAGCCCUUGUAAUGAGUGGCUUUGCCAUCGCGCAACCAACCCGCGCGAUCGAUGGGGAUUUUGCCGACCCUUGCGUUAUUCAAGCCAACGAUGGCUACUAUGCGUUUGCCACGAGUGGGAACCGUGUCAAUGUCCAAGUCGCUACUUCUUCUGAUUUUGCAUCAUGGAAAUUAUUGUCUGGUACCGAUGCAAUGCCUGGGCCUUUCCCGGCCUGGGUUGCUGGGACUCCUGCAAUUUGGGCUCCCGAUGUUAUCCAACGUGACGAUGGAACAUUCGUGAUGUACUUCUCUGCGGCUUCUAGUCAGGAUACAAGCAAGCAUUGUGUCGGAGCUGCUACUUCGUCCAGCAUUACUGGACCGUAUACCCCCGGGCAGAAUCCACUUGCCUGCCCUCUUGAUCAGGGAGGUGCCAUUGACGCCGAUGGCUUCAAGGAUGGAGACACUUACUAUGUCGUCUAUAAGGUAGAUGGCAAUAGCCUCAACGGCGAUGGCACCACUCACCCAACUCCCAUCAUGCUACAGGGGCUGAACUCAGACGCUAUCACCCCGAACGGCGGCGCGACCCAACUUCUUGACCGUGACAACAAUGAUGGUCCACUCAUUGAGGCGCCCAGUAUUGCUAAAGUUGGAGGAACUUACUACCUGUCGUUCUCCUCCAAUAUGUAUGACACCACCAAGUACGAUGUGAGCUAUGCGACUGCUGGUGCAAUCGCUGGACCCUAUACAAAGGCCCAGGCACCAAAUGCUCCUCUACUGGUGACUGGAGCGUCAAGCAAUGUUGGUAACCUGAGCGGCCCUGGCGGGGCGGACUUUAACAGCGAUGGUUCCAAGAUUGUUUUUCAUGCCUUUGAAAAUGGCAAGGAUAUUACGAAUGGACGGGCGAUGUAUGUUGCUGAUAUUGCGGCGUCUAACAAUGUGUUGAGCGUGCUGUAA